UUGUGUAAUCUGCAUUGUAAUUGUUUUGCUGCCACGUCAAAUGCUCCAACCUAUCAGAGCCAACUAGCCAGCUAAAGUCACAGCUUAGCAGUAAACUUAGUUAGUAAACAACCUUUCAAAAAUGGCUAUGGAGCUACCAUUGUACAACCCACCGUCUGGAGCACUUCUUGAUGAUGAGGCUUUCCUGCAACAGCUACUAGGACCAGAGGAUGAUCUACUGACAUCACUGCUGGAGUCUGCAAAUGCAAACGGCGCUGGUACUACAGAGCCUUCAUUGAAUUUCGAUUUUGACAUACUGAACGUCCCCACCUCACCACUAACGAGCGAUGUAUCCACGGGAAACAGUCCUUCAUACACGAACCAAGCCAACUCCCCUGCUAGUCUGACUAGUGGCUCUGAUGGUCUGGGGUACUCUCCUGUGACUAGCUCUCCGUCUCCUUAUAUGAUGCAGCCAUUUUCUUCAUCAAUGGGCAUGUCCGAGCCGACACUGGAUGAUUUAAUGACAGGGGUUGACCAGCUGUCGGGUGGUUCCAACAAAGCCGACCUAACAUCGUCAGAGAUCAAGAUAGAUGUGGAUUACAUGACAACGACACCGGAACUGGACAGGAGACAGGAAGAAGCGUCCCCUGACUGGAGUGUGUCGGAUAUGAAGGCACACACUCUCUUACUCACUGAGGAGGAAAAGAAGCUACUGGUAGAAGAAGGCAUCAGUCUCCCUACUGACGUGCCCCUCACAAAGGCUGAGCAGAAGCAUCUAAAGAGGGUCAGACGAAAAAUCAAGAAUAAAAUUUCAGCACAAGAAAGCAGAAAGCGAAAAAAGGAGUACGUUGAUGGGCUAGAAGAUAGAGUCAAGAUUUGCACAGGCCGUAACAGAGAACUCAAGAGAGAAGUAGACUGUUUGAAGCAAAAAAAUGUUUCACUGAUGGCGCAGCUGAGGAAAUUUCAAGCUCUUGUUGCGCAAUAUAAUCCCUCUAAGGUGCAGGCUGGCUCUGUACUCUUGGUGAUCGUGAUGUCCUUCUCAUUGUUCUUUGUCCCCAAGUUCAAGCACUACGGAGGCCCUCAGGCCAUUGGAAGUAUGUCACGAAGCUCAAGAACACUACUGUUCACCGAGACGGAUGAGUUUGGCAAUGUGAUUGACCCUGAUAACGGUCUAAUAAUCUCGCCAGUUGGUGGCCAGUCUCCCAACUUCCCCCCUCCCUGGGUGUACCAGACCCCUGCUCUAUUCUCAACACAGCCUGGCCUGCCAGACGAAUUUGAGACUCUGAGAAAGAUUAAGAUACAUUCGUCUGAUGUCGAGCAAAGUGAAACUAAAAGUGAAAGACUGGCAGAUAACUCUUUUAGUGAACACAAUAAAAAAUUGUAAAUUAUUACUUUUUUGUGUGCUGUCUCAAAUGCUCAUUGAUAUAAAUAUUUUGUCUGCCUUUGACUAAAA